UGGUAAAGUUUUGCCGUUCUCAUCUCCUCGAGCCUUUCAGUCCUUUAGAAAAGUCACCUCUCUCUCUCUCAACGCCGGCUUUUUCGGUGUUUUGACUUUCUCUCUCUUCCUCACGUAUAUAAAACCUAACCUGUGUUUCCCUUCUCAAAAAUCAAACUACUUCUUCUUCUUCUUCACAGCUACACAGCUACCAGAAAUUUUCUCAAGCUCUUCAGCUUUUCAUUUUCAUCAUCAUCAUCAUCAGCAGCAGCAGCUUAUUCUGAUGGAGGAGAUUGACGUGCCGCCGUUUUUUCUCUGCCCGAUAUCUCUCCAAAUCAUGAAGGACCCAGUUACUGUGCCAACUGGGAUUACUUACGAUCGAGAGAGCAUAGAGAAAUGGCUAUUUUCCGGCAAGAAUGAUACAUGUCCGGUCACAAAACAAGUCAUCUCAGAUUGUGAUCUAACACCAAACCUGACUCUUAUGCGUUUGAUACAAUCUUGGUGUACUCUCAAUGCUUCUCAUGGCAUAGAAAGAAUCCCAACUCCCAAACCUCCUAUCAGCAAGGCACAGAUAGCCAAGAUUAUCAAAGAUGCCAACAAGUCACCCCAGCAGCAGAUCACUUGUCUGAAGAGGCUACGCUCCAUAGCUAAUCUGAAUGAUGCAAAUAAGAGAUGCAUGGAGGCUGCAGGUGCUGUAGAGUUCUUGGCUUCAAUUGUGAAUGGCUUCAACUCUUUAUCCUUUGAACAAUCAACGUCAGAUGGCGAUGAGUCUGAGGUCACAAGACCAAGUGAUGAGGCCUUAAGCAUUCUGUACGCUCUUCAAUUAUCAGAAUCGGGGCUUAAGACUCUUAUUGGCAAUAAUGGGGAAAUCAUCCAGUCCUUAACGAAUAUCUUGCAAAAUGGAAACUACGAGUCUCGAGCUUAUGCAGUGUUAUUGUUGAAAUCAGUCUUCGAGGUUGCUGAUCCAAUGCAACUUAUCAAUUUGAGAAUUGAACUCUUUGCGGAGAUAGUCCAAGUUUUAAGCGACCAAAUAUCCCACCAAGCCCACAAAGCUGCAUUGCAACUGCUUAUCAGUCUUUGUCCAUGGGGGCGAAACAGAAUCCGAGCAGUCGAAGCUAAUGCAGUGUCUGUUCUGAUCGAUCUUCUUCUUGAUUCAAGGGACAAAAGGGCUUGUGAGAUGGCUCUAAAUGUUCUGGAAUUGCUAUGUCAAUGCGCGGAAGGCAGAGCUGAAUUGUUAAGGCACGGGGCCGGGUUGGCGAUUGUUUCAAAGAAGAUACUUAGAGUUUCUCAAGUGGCAAGCGAAAAAGCUGUGAGGAUUCUCUUAUCUGUUUCAAAGUUUUCAGCAACUCCAAGUGUUCUUCAAGAGAUGUUACAGAUUGGUGUUGUGGCCAAGCUGUGUUUGGUUCUUCAAGUGGAUUGUGGAAGCAAGACCAAAGACAAAGCUAAAGAGGUGCUUAAAUUGCAUGCUAGAGCUUGGAAAAAUUCUGCUUGCAUACCAGCAAAUCUUCUCUUUUUUUAUCCAGCCUGAGACAAAAAGAGAUCACUCAUUCAAUCAUGGUUUCCCAUUUGAUUGUAAUAGAGCUUAGUGCUUAGUGUACAUUGAUUAUUCAUAGAUUAUUGCUUUACUAUCAGAAAAAAAAAUUGAAGAAAUACAAAUUUGGAUACAAAAGUGGUGUCCAGUGGUAUACAUGUUUCAUGGCAGAUGAGAUUUUGUUCUAUUUUGAGGAAAUGAAUGAUUAUUAAUUGAUCAGCA